UCACAAUGUGUACCUGAGACUACUGAUGAUUUUUUAAAAUUAUUUUAUUUUAUUUUAUUUUUUAAGUAAAGGUUGGUGACUUUGUUUACUGACUUUUGCACAGUGAUGUAUAUUUAUGGCUGUUUUCUGCUCUGCUAUCUUGUAAAUGGUAAAUUGACUGAAUGAAUUGGUGCGCUUAUGGCACUUUUGCGCGCUAGGCGGAUUUCAAUAUCAGUAGGCUACUGCACAGAGCUGGGCGGACACCAGAGGCAGGGUGAGAUACUUAAACUUCCUACAAACUUCUCCCCUUAAAUUUACUCAAAACUUUGAGCUUAACCUAGAUCUAGCUGACUGAGCUCCUGCUGAGACAUGUCGGACAGCGCCUCCGAUCCGGGCUCCAUUACCAAUCCGAUGAAGUUUAAGAAUCAGGACUUCGUGUCUCUGCGUGAUGAGUGUCUCCAGUCCGGAAAACUCUUCGUGGACCCGAGCUUUACUGCUGAUCAGAACUCCAUCGGCAUGCCGGCAGAUCCAGACCCCAAAAUGGCCAUCAAGUGGCUUAGACCUAAGGAAAUCAGCAGCAACGCUGUCUUCGUGGAGGGAACCACAGGCACUACUGAUAUCUGCCAGGGCCAGCUGGGUAACUGCUGGUUGCUCGCUUCUCUGUCCUGUCUCACUAUGCACCCGACUCUGUUUGAGAAAGUGGUCCCAUCAGGACAAACCAUGGAUGCAUCCUAUGCUGGAAUCUUCCGCUUCAGGUUCUGGCAGUAUGGUGAGUGGGUGGAGGUGGUGGUGGAUGACAGUUUGCCCGUGCGAGGAGGCCGUCUGCUCUUCAGCUAUUCGCGCACUAAGAACGAGUUCUGGAGCGCCCUGGUGGAGAAGGCUUACGCCAAGUUGAUUGGCUCCUACAACAGUCUAAAGGGAGGCAAUAUUUCUGAGGGGAUGGAGGACUUCACGGGUGGCAUUGCCUACACUCGUCCGGUUUCCUCACGCACGCCUCCCGUCCUGUGGAGGACUCUGACUGCGGCGCUGUCCAGAGGCAGCCUACUAAGCUGCUUCAUACAGGCCAAAAGUGUGAAAGAGAUUGGCAGUGUGACUCAAGAGGGGCUGGUCAAAGGUCAUGCCUAUGCCAUCACUGCCACAGAUAAGGUGCACAAGAAAGCAGAGGAGGUGUUACUGGUGAGACUGAGAAACCCCUGGGGAUUUGUGGAGUUCUGUGGACCAUGGAGUGACAAGAGUAAAGUCUGGGAUGGCAUAGACAGUGCAGAGAAGACCAGAAUCAAAUUGAACAUCGAAGAAGAUGGAGAAUUUUGGAUUGGGGUGCAGGAUUUUUGCAAGCUGUUUGACACAGUGGAGUUGUGUAGUGUGGAACCUGACUCUGAUGCUGGAGAGGAAGGGAAUGCCACUGACACCUCCUCUUGGUCCUUGACCUCCCACAAGGGGUCCUGGGUGCCCAUGUGCUCUGCAGGGGGCAGCCGCAAAAACGCACGAACUUUCUGUAAGAACCCACAGUUCCACUUGGUUCUAUCGCAGCAGGACGUGGAGGACGUGGAGAUCGACGAGGAUGAUUUGGACGGCAGGGAUGAUGACGAUGAUGGCGCUGCAGCUCAGGCAAAGAGCGGUGUGGACAAACACAAAGAGAAGAUGAAGAAAUGCACGGUACUGAUAGAGCUGCUGCAGAAAGACCGUCGACUGAAAGACAAAGUCAACUUCCUUUAUAUUGGAUACCAUAUCUACAAAGUGCCUCCUGAGCUGCAGGACAGUACAGGAUCUUUCAGCCAGGCGUUUUUUGAUGCUAACCCACUGGUGGGCCGUUCUGGACAGUAUCGUAACAUGCGGGCUGUGUGGAGGAAGGUGCAUUUGGACCCGGGGCACUACAUCAUUGUGGUGUCCACACAGAGGCCCAACCAGCCCGGGGUUUUUUUCCUCCGCAUCUACGCCAAGAAAGGCAACACACUGGGGGUUCGUGAGAUCACCUGUCCUACUGCUUUUACCACAACUGUAAUGUCAAACCCUCCAUCACCUGAGGAUCAGAGAAUGGUGCAGAAGUGGUUUGAUGAACAAGCUGGACCGGAUGACAAAUUAAACGCGCUGGAGUUUAUGAAGCUGCUCAACACAGUGCUAGAGAAGGACUACCAUGUUCCUCUGGAGACCUGCAGACAGCUCAUUUUCACACAAGAUACUGGUGGUAGAGGCAGAUUGAGUCGUGAUCAGGCUGAUAAUCUCCUCUCAACUCUGCGCAGUCUGCAGUCAAUCUUUCUUGAGUAUGAUGAGGAUUCAUCUGGAACCAUUAGUCCUUUUGAGCUCAGUCAAACUCUUAAAGCAGCAGGUAUGCAGUGUGAUAAUAACAUACUACACAUGCUUUGGGAGCGCUUCGGCUCUGGAGAGCAGCAAUUGCCUUUCUACAUCUUCGUGUCAUGUGUUACUAGACUGCAAGUCCUCUUUUCUCUGUUUGAGUCAGAAAGCAGCCUGGAGGUGAAGAGCAGAGGCAUAAACAAGUGGCUGCUCAGGCUGCUGGCUGUGUGAGCGCGCUCAGAUGUGACACCUCAGCAGGACAGACCUGUACAGCCAGGACUAUGCAUACGUCAUCCACCUGGACCUGCGUUAUUUCUCUCUCGCUCUCACUCUCUCUCUCUAUUUCAUUUCAUUUACAUCACACUGUCUCUGGGCCUUGUUCCGAUC